CUACAUGUCCAAAUGCGAUUGAAUGUGAUUGUCGUUUCCAGUAGCAUUUUCCAUUUCAUGUUUUGGAUUGUUUAAUAAAAUUUCUUUAAUACUUUGAUAAAAUUUGGAUAUUUGUUAUUCAUCACAUUCUAUAGCAACAUGGACGAAGAUGUGCGUACUCUCUGGUGUGGAAAUUUGAGUGAGAAAGUAACGGAAGAGAUACUAUACGAAUUAUUCUUACAGGGUGGUCCCGUGCAAAAAGUUACCAUUCCUAAAGAUCGUGAUGGCAAGCAAAGAACAUAUGGAUUUGUAACAUAUAAACAUAUUGAUUCUGUAUCGUAUGCUUUGAAUCUAUUCAAUGGUACAAUGCUAUUCAAUCGUCCUCUUAGUAUGAGCACAAGGAACAACAUAGAAGUACCGCAAAUAACAAAUUCUCAGAGUCACUCUCUUAAUUUGGAUCAUUUGCUUCAGUUAGGUCAACAGAUGUUGGUUGCACAUAAUGCGCAUAUAAUAGAUAUGUUUGGAGUUAAUAUGUUACCAAGGUCAGAUUCGCAUUCUAAACAUAUAGACAAUGUUAACUCUUACAAAGAUGAUAGAAGAACUAGGCGCCCGCAUCCUUAUAACAGGGAACAGAAUAAAGUAGAUAACCAUCAUAAAGAUCACAGACCUAGACACAUUCACAAUAAUCAUCACAGGAAUAACUUUUCCAGGAGAGAUUAUAAAAGCAAUAAACGCAACUAUCGUUAAUAUUAUUUAAUA